AUGGUCAGGUUUGGCCUGUUCGGCAAGCUCGAGGCGCCCGGCACGCCGGACCGAGCCAUGCGCUACGACGGCUCGGCCCUGCACGUGUGUCGCGCCUCGCGCUACAUAGCCCUGAAGAUCUGGGGGCCCAUGGGCGGCCCGAGUGCCGUCGCCACCUUCUCGACCGGGCUCGCCGUCGACCUGCGCCGCGACCUCCUCUACCGCAGCCAGCGGUGGACGUCGCUGUUCGGCACCUUGACCGCGGCCGCAUACUAUCCUGCCGCCAACAUCGCCCUGCGGUGCCACCCGCGCCUCCCCGGCAGCCACUGUUUCCGCCAUGGCCUGACAAACAGGAACUUGGCUGACUAUUGGUUGGCUCCAAAGCUUCGGGGCGACGCAGAGGACCAAAAGAACCCAAGGGACAAAAUAGUCAAAAGUGGCCUCAAGCAGAAAAAGUCCGAGGUCAUCUUUCGGCUUCUCUUGGCACAGAAUCCCGUGGCAUUAUGA